AUAACUAAAAGAUCGCAGCGACACACUGCUUAAAUGACUGACGUUCGUGUAUAUUUUAUUUGUAUACAUUUUUUAAUCGCAAAGAAAACCGCAGCAUGACGUCUCUUUGAGAGCGAUCGUGGCGAUUGUAUAUGUGAACGAAAAUUGACAUCGCAUUCAGAAAAGUUUACGUGCGUUUAAAAAACUACACAUCUCCAGGAUAUUAACGACAAUGUCAGCGGUAUAUCCGACUUUACCGAAACUGGCGGUGAGAGACAGCCUCGACGACGAUGAUCUCACUGACAUCGAUGACGAGGUGUUCAUCAGGGAUGGGAGAAACGGUGGCUUAAAAUUGGACGAUGACGGCGGGGUGAAGCAGCCCCUCAUGGCGCCUCGCAGAAAAUGCAGAAAGUCCUGCAAUCUGGAGAACAAUAAGAUCCCAUACAAUAUGCUCCUUGUGCCGGUGUGCUGUGGAACUACAGCGCUGAUCAUACUGUUAGGCUUAAUCGUAGUUUGUAUAUUUACCGCAAACAUAUUCCCAAUGCCGUUGACAAUAUUGAAGAGCUGGAUGACACCCGAAUUAAAAAAUUCUGCAAAUGAAUCGGAGAUAAUUCCAUGUACCUCGCUCUCGUCUAAAGUUUUAUGGAUUAAAUCGCUGCCAAAUUUAACACCUGAGACACCACUCAGGAGCAAUGAUGUUAACUCUGAUGGAAUUGAAGAUAUUAUUGUGGGAUUUAGCACAGGUAUGGAGACGGCAAAGAUCUGUACUAUAUAUUUGGGAAAUCAAACGCCAUGUCUAGGCGGUGUACUAGCGCUGAAUGGUAAAACUGGUGAAAUUAUCUGGACACAUUGGACUGCCAAUUCAAUACUUUCCGUCGACUGUGGCGCAGACUUAACGGAUGACAAAAUCAAGGAUUGCAUAAUAUCUGGACGCGGUGAGAUCCUGCAAGCUAUUGACGGCCAUGAUGGCUCCAAAAUAUGGGAGAUGCCACUUUUCCAUGUUGAUUCUUCAGAACAGCAAACAAUCUUGGACAUCUAUGAUGCUAGAUUUAUAGCUGAUAUGGAUAGCGAUGGUAUUGGCGAUGUGAUAGCGUCGCAUGUCGUACAAUCGGACAAUAUUCAAGCGAGCAGUAUAUUUGUGAUAUCGGGUAAAAACGGCCAUGUUAUACGGAAUAUUAAUUUACCAUAUACGGAGCAGCUGUUCACAGCACCGCAAAUUAUAGUGCAUCCUGAUGGAGAAAACAUAUUUGUUCUGGCUACAACUAGCCAGCAAGAUGACGGAGGAUUAUAUAUAGUAUCUCAAGCUAAUAUAUUUUACGGCGAUGGUUUGCAAUUGCGAAAGCUCAAUCACAACACUGGCAAAAAUGCGCUGUUGCCACCGAUUCUAAUCGAUAUUACGUCAGAUGGAAUUGAGGAUAUUGUCGCCGCUAUGUUCAAUUCUACGAUUAUGGCGUACAAUGGAUCCACGUUUGAACCUAUCUGGAAUUACACAGUUCCCAAUUCUGAAGUAAUUAGCAUUCCCAUUCCUGGUUAUUACAAUGACGACGAUGUACCGGACUUUAUGGUAAAGCAUCAGAUAGGUAACGGUUUGUCUACAUACUAUUAUACUGUGGCCACAGUCAUAGAUGGUCGUAACGGACAGCCUUUGCUCGAGAAACCGAUGGAAGACAGUUUGAGUGGACAAAUGUCCGGACUGUCAGUCACCGUCGAUGGAUUCGGCAACGAUUGGUUUCUGCAUUGGUCCACCGAUUGCUUAAAUUACGAGGGGGUCAAGGAAAAAUACGAGUUCUUGAAAGGUCAGAGUUUCAUGUCGCAAACACGCGCCGAUCUCUGCUUCCUAAAAUUUAAUUCGACGCUCACCACAAGACUACUGGCUCUGAGCCAGCACGUCGGGCCGCCUGGAUUGUCAUUAUACUUUUCGGAGGACUGGAAAUCAAAAGAGUUUAAUAAUUCGGUCGAGGCACUAAAAGAAGAGGAAAAGCUCUAUCCGCGAUUAAAGUUUGCGGAUAAUUACGCGAACGUACCACUCGUUUCCGAGAGAUCGCCGGAAGUCCGUAAAAAUCAUCGGAAGGAUAGCAUCUUUAAGCACAAAGAUAAUAAUAUACUCGAGAUCAGCAAGUACGACUCGGACGCGGUAUACGACAAUUUUGAUGAAUUCAAGAGUCAUAAGAAACACAAUCCCGAGGACACCAUAGACAAUUUAGACGUAGAUCAAGCAUGGAAACAGGAUAACAAAUGGAUGGAAGAUGACGUCCAGCCGGAGUACGAUAAUAUAUACGAAAGUGAGAAUGGUAACAAGGAAGAGGGACAGCAAAGUAUAGAUUAUUCGCAAGGUGUGGUUCGAGAACGGAGGAAUGUCAUCGCCAUAGUUAAAGAUCUAUAUUCAAAAAAUAUUUCUCAUAAAGAAAUUAGCAAUUAUUCAGCACCUGAAUUGACGCAACAUAGUGUGCGACUGAAUCACGAGGAUAUUGACACAGAAAAAGAGAGAGGAAUGAAAGAAAUCAACGACAAAAAGACAAUUGGCUUAAAUCGAGUCAAUUUAUCGUUGAUUUUGAAUGAAGCUGAUAUAAUGAAUGUAUCAAUGCUACCAACUUCAAAAUCUCAAGAAGAAUUAUCAUCGACUGUGUUGAGCGAUAAAUCAAAUAUUGACAGGACUUCUACAACACAGAGUGCAUUAAAUAUGAGCGAAUUAACAGAAAUAAUGAGCGUAAACGCAAGUACGGAAUUACCGGAAGACACACAUACCGAAGCAUCAAAUGUUACUAAAAAUCAAAUAAUCACCGAUCAUCAAGAUGUAACUACCACUACUAAGAAAGUGAUAGAUGUGACACAGCGAAGACAGGUUUACAAGCAUAGUUUUCCAAGCAUUGUCCAAGACGCGGACGACGAUGCCAGUAUAGAAAAAGUAUUUAAACGAGAGUCAUUGAAAAAUCAAAGUAAAGGCAAGAUUAACAAAAAACGAUUGCCGAUGUCGUCGUCGAUGUCUGAUAAAGAUUUUAAGAUACGACAGAAGCGAAGAACGAAACGAAACUCUGGAACUGACGACGAUCGGUCAAGCGGUGGUAUUCAGAAGCAGGCGCCAACUGGUAUUCUGUUGCCAUCCAUCACCGAAUCCAAAGGAAAGACUUCGGUGGACUUAGUAUUCUCUACAUUCUGGUUACCAUCGUCCGACGUGUCUCUAAUUCUAUCUCAAGCUGAUCUGGAGUGUAUUCGUAAGAAGAAAACGUUAUUAGAGGAUAAACUCGAGUAUAAGAAAGACGACGACAUCAUCGGUGAAUGUUUAUCCGAGCGAGGCGUCAAUUAUAGAUUGUAUCAAGAAUCGAGGGAUAGAGAGAAUACCAAACUCGCGCUUGGUCAAAUGACAAUAUACAGGAUGAAGCUGGAAUGCGUGUGUCCGGAGGAUAUGCUACCUAAUCAAACGUGCAAACACAUUUCAACGCAUCAGAGCUGGCCAGGGUAUCUAGGCUCUUCUGGAAACGGCUAUUUUAAGCCAUUGCGUAAAUUAAAUGUUUAAAGAAACUGCAAGGUCUUGUCAAAUUAUAUAUGAAUUAUUGAGAAGACUUUUAUUAUAACACUCUCUAAUGGAGUUGUUAAUGAUUAAAAAAUUAUCAUAUACUCUCGUGCGCUAUUUGUAAAAGUAUACAGUAUAACAAUUGUAAUUCUAAUCAAUUGUUAUAAAAGCAAUUUAUAUCGAUAUUUAUAUGCAAUUUUCUUCGCGAAAUAUAAAGGAUGCAAAUAUGCGCGUUUUUGUACAUAUAAGAAUAUUGUUGCUCUCGCGUAAUUAAAACUUAUCGUUUAAUUUUGAAGGGAAUUACUAUAAUCACAUAUCUGUUAAUUAUUUACUGAUAAUUAAGUUUUUUUAAAACGCAGAUACCAAUAAAGAUACAAAUGAAAAAAUUCUUGUACGUGCCAAAGAAGAUUUUGGUAGUUUUUUUAUGUGUACAUAUAUACAUAUACUAAAAUUUAUCAUAACUUACGAUUGCAUAGAAGUUAUUAAUAUAAUUAAUGUUGAAAGUAUACGUUAUAUUAGUAUUAAUUUAAAUACAAUAAUUACGACACGCAUAUAAAUUGGAAUGUUAAUAUGAAUAUAUAAUACGUUACCACAUAUUGAUAAUCAAAGUUUAAGUAAUUGUAUAUUCCGAUGUACGUUAAUUAUACUCGAUAUAUAUAUAAAUAAUCUAUAUAGCUAACAAAAAAUAUAUUCUGGUGCUACCAAUUUAUAUAAGCAUCUUUACGUGCAUUUACUAUAAUUUAAGAAAGAGAGAAAAUUAAUGACUUAUUAUAUGAAGUUUAUGAAUAAUAUUGCUAUCCUUGAAAAUUCAUUAAUUACAUUUGCAGGAUAACGUAUGUAAACAUUUAAUCAUUGUUAAGUGUAACGCAAGUAUUCAAAGAAUAUAAAAUAUACAUUGAUCGACAAA